ACAGAAUCUAGAGGUAGAAAUGUGUGUUGACAUCCACGAAAUUCUUGGUUUAACCGUAGCCGCCCAUUUGUUUUGUUACAUAACAUAAAUGACUAUUUUUUCUUUUCUAUUUUUCAUUCAUUACCCAUCAACUGUUUGCUAAAUUGCCUCAGACAAAGCUGGGAGUUCUUUGAAUAGAGAGCACAAUUUUGGUGUGUUGAAUGGUGAAGAAUUUCUUGGGUAAGGAGGUGGAGAAGAGGACCUACCCACCUACCCACCACCCUUCAACAUUCAUCACCAUCACCGAUCCCUUUUAAUUUUCUUCUUCUGUUUAUGAGCACACCACCCCAAGAAUUGCUGUGUUGUCUUUGGCUUUGGUUUGUUUUUCCUUUGCUUUAAGCCCUUCUUGGGGUGUGUGUGGACCUAAUAGUAGUGCCUCAAUUGCAACUACCACAGAUUUGUUAUAGGAACAAAAUAUUCCCAUAACAAGAUUUAUUAUUCAUUUUACCCAAGAGAUUCUUGAGAUAUGGGUCUUUGCAUCUAGACUUAUCUUCAUCCCCCUCCUUUUUUUUUUAUCUUGUUGUCUUGCCAAAUCCCAUUUUCCAUGUGUCACAAAACCUGAUACAGAUCUUGGUGCCCCCACUUUUAUUAGCUUCCUGGGUUCAACUCCUUCAUAGGACCCAUUACUACAGGUUCAAUCUUUCAUUGAAUGACAGCUGUUGACAUUGUCUGUACGGUUCUGCUCCUUUUUGUCGUAGGAAGCCAAUAAGAGGGAGAAAGCUGUUUCGAAGGCUUGUUUAAUUAUCAUUUUCUUUGUUACUAUUAUACAUAGUAACAUAAGAGUGGUUGUUGAAGCUUUCAAGUCAAGGCAAUUUCCACCCCAGUUCGUCGGUGUGGUUGUGUCCUUGUUCAAACUUUGGCGUGAGGAGGCCCACCAUUGGGUUUUGGUGGGCUUUCUUUGAACCAAUAAAAAACCCAUCUUUAAAAGGUGUUUGAAGAUUCCAAAUUUGCUUCAGUUUGGGUUAAAUAGGGAGGUUUCAUGAUCUAAGUUAUUGCCUUUCCACCAUUGGUUUCUCCACUGACUUAUAGUCUAGUCUAACCUCUCUUUCUCUCUCUUAUCACAUAUGCCAAAUUCAAUUUUGACCCGUAAAAGAAUUCCCUUAUUCUAAUGCUACUUUACUUCAUUACUUGUAUCUCCUUCUUCCUGUUUUUAAAGUCCCUCCUUCUCAAACCACUCCCUUCAUGGGCAACUGAGAUGAGGUUGCUUUCCCUUUUAUUUUGUCAAGAGUUGUCUGUGAAAACAGUGUCCCAGUUGUUCAGGAACCGCUUUUGGCUUGGUCUUCUUUGUCAAAUUCCUCAGAGGAUGUCUUUGGUGAGGAAGAGUCUGAGUUCAAGAGUAGAGAAUGUUGAGGACAGCCAUGACAUGUCAGUGUUAGACUUGCCUGAGCUGGUCUUGGAUUGCAUUCUUGAAAGGCUUCCUCCCCCUGCACUGUGUCAAAUGGCUGGUGUUUGCCGUUCCUUGAGGGAGAGGUGUGUGAGUGAUCACCUUUGGGAGACGCACAUGAAUCAAAAAUGGGGUAGAGUUAUUGGUCCUGCUGCUUAUAGGGAGUGGAAAUGGCAUGUUGCUUCAAAAAGGAAUGUUGGGGGUCUUAAACAUGGCAGGCAAAGGGGCUUGAUGAGAUUCAUGUCUCUUCGUUGGCCUUUUUCAUUGAUGAGAUCGAAGGUUGAUGCCAAUAGUAUCACCAAGCAAAGGAGUUCUAUGCCUGUUGGUUUUAUCAUGAACUGGUAUCUUGCUCUUGAAUCUGGCAAGUUCUGGUUCCCUGCUCAGGUCUACAACCGUGAGAAUGGUCAUGUUGGAUUCAUGUUAUCUUGCUAUGAUGCUGAGCUUAGCUAUGAUCCACGAACAGAUACCUUCCAAGCCAGAUAUCCUCCGCAUGGAAGAAGAGCAGAUGCUAGAGAGUGUGGCAUCCCAUGGGAAAGGCUAAGAGCACCUCCUGUUGAUACUUCUCCACACGAUCUUCAUAUCUCUGAAUGUUUAAAUGAUUUGCAUCCAGGUGAUCACAUAGAGAUUCAGUGGAGGAGAAACAAAGAAUUUCCUUAUGGUUGGUGGUAUGGUGUUGUAGGUCACUUGGACUCAUGCGAUGGGAAUGAAAAUUAUUGCCGUUGUCAUAGUAGUGAUACUGUGGUGCUAGAGUUCAAUCAUUACACUCCUGGCUCAAGAUGGAGGCAGACCACUGUUAGUAGGAAAGACCAUAGGGAAGAGGGAAACGAGGCUGAUGGCUUUUAUGGUGGAAUAAGAAAGAUUAAGAGCGAGGCUGAGAUUUCCAUUUGGAAACGUCUUUGGCCUUCUGAAGUCUUGGAUUAGUAGGCACUGGAUCUUAUCUAAUUCUUCUCCACUUAGCAUGAUUUCAAAAUAGAGGCUUUAACUGAAGCAUUGACUGGUUCUACAAUCUGCAUUACACAUGGAAAUAUACAACAUUAAGUCGACUUCAGAUAUUUAGGCCAACCUGAUUUCUUUUCUGCCUUUUAAUUGUCACAUUUUUUCGUAAGAGAAUUUAUGCAUAUUCAUGUGGCUUCAAUCAUUGUAAAUUACUCCUCAUUUACGCACAAAUGAUGUAGAAUAUUCAUUCCACUAUAUAUAGAAUCUAGCUGACGAUCACAAAUUUGUAGCUUCGAACUCACAUAGCAUUAAAGCUUUCUUCCCAAUGAAUGAAGAUGUAGUUCAGGCAUUAUUUA